AUGCCCGCGGCAGCUGGUAACCGAGGCGCGAGACGCAAUGCCAAGCGCGUUUCAGCGAAGAAACCGGCCAGACGUCAGAACUGGGAUAAUAUGGGAAGCGACGAUGAAUCAGGAAGUCAGCAACUAUCCGCUGAACAAAAGAGCUUGAAGCAGCGAGCAAUGGAUCACCUCUUUGCAAAAAUCACAGACGCACGCCCGGAUGCAAGUCUUCACUCCCGAACCCGCGAUGGUCCGAGCAAGCGUUACGAUACUAUCGACGAAGCCACAGUAGAACGUUCCAGCUCGACAAAAGAAAGUCGCCGCGGCGUCUCUCGCUGUACGGGGGAUGAAGAUGCUGGCAGUCUGAUGCAUUCGACCACCAAACCGUAUGCCCACUUGUUCUUCUUCGACAACCCUCACGAACACGAAAGUCCGCCUCCCAUGUCAGCCACGGACAUCAUGAAUUCCACUGGAACUUCGAUGCAUACUCUCUACUUGGCAACGAAGAGAAAAUAUCUGCAUGCACCGACUCCGUAUACAUCGCAGUUGCUCGCAGAAAUCAUGGACUAUGCGGAUUCGGAUAAGGAAGACGACUCCAGACUGCACAGUGAUUGGCCAGCUCAGAUUUGCCGUACAGGUGCUCGAGACAUGUCCAAGACGACGACUCCUGGCUCUACUUGCGAAGCGCAGACAUCACCUGCAUCACGUUACCAGGCAAAGCGUCGCUUGGUUGAAAAUACACAACAGGAGGUCCAAGUCGAGAACCUUGCGCUGAAGGCAGAGAAUUCUGAGCUCAGAAACGAGGUAGCUGAGCUCCGAACAGAGCUACUGCACCUGCAGAUUCGCCGAGCCAAGGGUUCGUCUCAAGACGGCCAUGGCUACGCAAGCAGCUUAACCAACACCAGGCUCUCGUACACACCUGAUGACGACUUGGGAGGGGAACACGGCUUGGCUCGUGCAUCAGCAUAA